ACACUCCCGACUGGGAGUAUUGUCGGGGGCUUUUCUCUUUCCCAGGAACAUGGCGGCGAGUCAGGGAGGUGGUGGUAAUAGUGGGGGCGGCGGUUGUGGUGGAGGUGUAAGUAACGGUGGCGGUGGCGCGGCCGGCGGGGGAGGUGGCGGGGCCGGAGGGGGCGGCGGCGGCACCCUGGUGGUGCCCAUCCCGGGACCGACUCUUUAUGGUCAGCCGUUCCCCAACGGGCCGCAGUGGAAUCCGGGGAGCCUGCAGCCUCAGCAUACCGUGAGGAGCCUGGACAGGGCCCUGGAGGAGGCGGGCAACUCUGGCAUCCUGAGCCUCAGUGGUAGAAAACUCCGAGACUUCCCAAGCAGCGGCUACGACUUGACCGACACCACCCAAGCAGAUCUUUCCAGAAAUCGUUUUACAGAAAUUCCUUCUGACGUGUGGUUAUUUGCACCCCUUGAAACAUUAAAUUUAUAUCAUAAUUGCAUCAAGACCAUUCCUGAAGCCAUUAAAAACCUGCAGAUGUUAACAUAUCUUAACAUCAGUCGAAAUCUUUUAUCAACAUUGCCAAAAUACCUAUUUGAUCUUCCCCUUAAAGUUUUGGUCGUCAGUAAUAAUAAACUGGUAUCCAUUCCAGAAGAAAUUGGGAAGCUAAAAGAUUUAAUGGAGUUGGAUAUUAGCUGCAAUGAGAUUCAGGUCCUUCCCCAACAAAUGGGAAAGUUACAUUCACUCAGAGAGCUAAAUAUAAGAAGAAAUAAUCUUCAUAUUUUGCCAGAUGAAUUAGGAGAUCUUCCCUUAGUCAAGCUGGAUUUUUCUUGUAAUAAAGUGACCGAAAUUCCAGUUUGUUACAGGAAACUGCAUCACUUACAAGUAAUAAUUUUGGAUAACAAUCCAUUACAAGUACCACCAGCACAGAUAUGUUUAAAGGGCAAAGUACAUAUAUUUAAGUAUUUAAACAUUCAAGCAUGUUGCAGAAUGGAUAAGAAACCAGAUUCCCUGGAUCUUCCAUCAUUAAGUAAAAGAAUGCCCUCCCAACCUCUCACAGACAGUAUGGAAGAUUUUUAUCCAAAUAAAAAUCAUGGCCCUGACUCUGGAAUUGGAAGUGAUAAUGGGGAGAAACGAUUAUCUACAACAGAACCAUCAGAUGAUGAUACAAUCAGCCUUCACUCUCAAGUCUCAGAAUCAAAUAGAGAGCAGACGUCAAGAAAUGACAGUCACACAAUAGGAAGUAAGGCUGACUCUCAGAAAGACCAGGAGGUGUAUGAUUUUAUUGACCCUAACACAGAAGAUGUAGCAGUUCCUGAACAAGGUGAUGCACAUAUUGGAUCAUUUGUUACUUUCUUUAAGGGAAAAGAAAAAUGUUCUGAAAAAUCUCAGAGAAAUGAAGUAUUAGGAGAGGCAAAAAGACUUGAGAAAGAACAGUUGCUUGCAGAAGAAGAAGAUGAUGAUUUAAAAGAAGUAACUGAUUUGAGGAAAAUAGCCACUCAGUUAUUGCAGCAAGAGCAGAAGAACAGGAUUCUUAAACAUUCAACUUCUGUUAUGAGAAACAAGCUGAAACAAACUGUGGAAUGCGAAAAAAGUGUCUCUGCAGAUGAAGUUAAUUCACCAUUGUCACCCCUCACAUGGCAGCCCUUAGAAAAUCAGAAGGAUCAAGUAGAUGAACAGUGGCCAGAGUCUCAGCCUAUAAUCUGGCAGAGUGAAGAAAGAAGACGGAGCAAACAGAUUAGAAAAGAAUAUUUCAAGUAUAAAUCAACGAGGAAGAGUUCAAGUGGGAAUGAAAAUGAUGAGCAAGACAGUGACAAUGCUAAUAUGUCACCACAAUCUCCAGUAUCAUCUGAGGACUAUGAGAGAACUGAUAGUUUUUCACAUGGUCCCUUUGGCUUAAAGCCUAGAUCAGCUUUCAGUCGCUCAUCUCGCCAGGAAUAUGGGGCAGCAGAUCCAGGAUUUACAAUGAGAAGGAAGAUGGAACAUUUACGGGAAGAGCGAGAGCAAAUACGACAACUGCGUAAUAAUCUUGAAUCCAGGUUAAAAGUAAUUUUGCCUGAUGACAUUGGAGCUGCACUGAUGGAUGGGGUUGUUCUUUGCCAUUUAGCCAAUCAUAUAAGGCCACGCUCUGUAGCUAGUAUUCAUGUACCAUCACCAGCAGUGCCCAAACUGAGCAUGGCAAAAUGUCGAAGAAAUGUAGAAAAUUUUCUUGAUGCUUGUAAAAAGCUGGGUGUCUCACAGGAAAGACUCUGUUUGCCUCAUCAUAUUUUGGAAGAACGAGGUCUUGUGAAAGUUGGUGUCACAGUUCAGGCACUCCUUGAACUACCUACAACCAAGGCAUCUCAACUUUCGAUGGCUUGAUACAACAUUUUAAAAUUAUAAGUAUAUAGUUUCAUUUAUUUGAAGUGAUUUCAGAUAUCUCAAAUUCAUGAAUAAGAAUGUUCAGUCAAAAAAUAAUUUGCCUUAGGUGAAGCCUUAGGGUUUUUAAAAAAAUUAUAUUGAAACAACAAACUUAAAUUUUUAAUUGCCCAAACUUCUUUUGGAGGAAAACUGGAUUAAUUUACUAAGAGUUUUUGAUGAACUCAAAUUCUCUUUUUACUAAGUCAGUUGAUAACCUUGAUUAUUUUUCAGAAAGCGGAUUGAUACUAAAUUUAAACUGUAAUUUCAAUUUAAUAAUCACAUUAGGUUUAAUUUUUUUACAUCAUAGCAUACUAGUAAACACGUGGGUAAUGGUAAUUGUUUUUUAGCAGUUUAAAACAAUUCUAUAUUUGAGUUAUUUAAUACACUUCUAAUCCUAGUUUAUACACAAUUUCUUCGAUCUUUGGUCUUAGUUUUCUAGAAAAAAAUGAGUAGGAAAAACAGAAUUCUGAAUUUAUAAUAAAUUCUUUUAGUAUUAUAGGUUGGUGCCAAAAUAUUUUCAGUUGUACUGUAGAUUGUUUACAUGUGAAGUGCCUGUGUAAUUGAUGACUCAUAUAGUCUUAAGCAUUUUUGCAAUUUCUUUUUAUGUAUUAAUAGAAUCAAUGGAACUUUAAAAUAUUUUAGUAGAUUUUAUAAGGUCAAUAAUGUGUGAGGGUUAAAAUGUGCCUCACAUUGUGACAUUUGUGGGGUUUUUUUGUUAGUCCAUUGCAGUUUUCCUUAAAUUGGUUGUUUCAUGUUGUCAAAAACCGACGUUAAUAUGCUUAAUUUAUGCUAUUUAAUUUUGCAAAACAUAGUCAUUUUUUAAAAUGUAUUAUUUGAAGAGUAUUUUAUUUCUGUAUUGAAAAUUUUACACAAGCAGUAAGGUUUUUGAGAAACUAGCCAAGUAUUAGUUAUCAAGGACGUAUUGCUAAAACUGCCAAAGGUUGGGUCUAUACUUUGACUUUCAGGAGUAUUACAUCAGUGCUGCCUUUAGAUAUAUUCAGAGAGUAGUGUUGAGGAAUAGGUUUUUAUUUGAUAUCUGGCCAUUUAUGAAGCCGGUAAAGCUUAUUAUCCUCAAUUAACUUGAUUAAACGCAGAAUUAAACACAGACCAUUCUAUACAUAUUUUCAUGAGAUACUGUGUUACACAAAGUCCUUGUUUAAGUUAGAGAUGAAUAAAUGUGCGUUGGUAGUAGUGCAAGAAUUUUUCAAAAACAUUACUGUAUUGCAUAACUCAGUUUCCUAUAGAAGAACCCUUAAUUACUUUUAUAGUAGGCAAGCAAGUAACCAUAUCUUAAAUAUGUGAUCAUUUGCACUUGUUACCUCUUAAUAUGGAUGCAACUUAUUAAAAAUGUUAGCCUCACUAUUUCAAAGGGCAUAUACAAAAGGUAAAAACUAGUGUGCCAAAUGGUAUAGUAAUGAUUGGUAUAAGAAGAACUCUGCUUUUUCUGAUCAGUUGGCAUAAAGCUAUAGAAUUAAGUUUUCGUUUUAGAAUACAGACGUGUUCUUUAUAUUCCCCAAGGAUCAAAUUGAAGCUUUUAAAGAAUUAAAGCUUCUGAUGAUCAGGAGAUUUAAAAAUUAAAUUAUUAGUAAUUUAUUAUGUUAAAUAUUUGAGCUGAUUGGUUGUUUUUUUCAGUUGGAUUUUUUAAAAGAUCUCAUUGACAUAAUCUCCCUAGUGGAAAAUUGGGUAAUAUAGGUAAAAAAUGGCAAAUAAGUACCUUAGUUGAUGACUUUUUAAUGUAAAAAAUUUGACUAUAAUACAAACUAAAAUCUAAGUGACCAUUAAAAACUACAACAAUUAUAAUUAUUUGUACUGUUUUCAUAGUUAUUCAUGCUAUAGAAUUCCUCUUAUUAAUCGAUGUAGUGUUAUUAUUUGACAAGUAUUGUCCUGUUUAAUUAUCAUUGACAUAGUAGUGAAAUUGUAGGCUGUUUUCUUAUUGCAUUUCACUUGUCAGUUAAUUAUUACUUUAAAGAGAAAAUACACCAGAACCUUACUGUAGCAUUCUUUACUGCAAAGCAAAAUUCUAUUAAGGUGAGUCCAUCUGAGGACCUUGCCAUGGCAGUUCAUUUACUCUUGUACCAAAUGGCAACACCACCUGUAAAGCAGAUUCAGAUCAUAGUCUCCAAUGACAUUGUACCAAGGCUCUGAUAUAUUUCUUUCAGUAAUGUUUUAAGUGUAAAAUUUAUUCUAAAUGUUUUUAUGAUUAUUAUAUAUUUGUUUCAUCAGUUAUUGAAUUAAGAAUGAAUAUCAUUAUUUGAAUGGGAUUUGUGAUUUGAUGAGGUCUGAAUAGUCAAACUAAAAUAUUUUAUUAGGCCAUAAAAAUUCAAUAGAUAGCUAUUUCUGUUGAAUUUUAUUACUGUAUGGCACAAGAAGUAAUGUUGGAUAUAUUAGAAUUGAAAUAAUAAAAGUGCAUUACCAUUUGUUAAUCUUUACAGAAUGCUAGUUUAAUGACUUUUCUAACUGAAUUUUUUGAAGAAUUCAGAAAUGUUUGUAUUGGUCACAGAUCUAUCUUAAUUGAUUUUCUGAUGCAUUUUAACACAAAUGGAACACUAAAUGUAUAUUACCGAUGCAAACUGUGGAUAAAGUUGAAUGAAA